CGUUGUUGCGGGAGGGCGGGGCUGUGUCACAUGACCGGGCCUCAGCCAUGGCCGACGACGCCAGACGGCGGGGCUUCGAGUUGGAGCGGAGGGUGUUUGAGCUGGAUAGCAAGUGCUCUGGCCUCCGCAUGGAAAAACACGAUGAUGAUUAUUUGCAGAAUGCCUCCACCAUACUAGACAAGCUGAAGAACUACUACAGACACGGGGCCGAGAGCAGCAGCCUACCGAAGCUACUGCAGGAUUACACCCAGGUAACUCUUUGCUGCGGGAUUAAACUCAGACCCCCCAAUCGCGUUCGAUCCCUGUCGGUGCUACAGGUCCAGACAGUCCUGGGUGUGGAGCUGCUCGAGUGUCUGUAUUGGCGCCGUGGGGCGCUGCUCUACAUGUACUGCCACACCCUCCACCAGAGGAAGCAGUGGAUCAAGAAGAACAAAACAACGUUCCUCAAGUAUCUGCAGGAGGGGGUGCGCUACCUGAUGCGGAUGCUGCAGGUGAGGAACUCUGUGAAGCUCAGCGAUGGUGUCGUGUUUCAUGACUCUACGACUGCCAGCUUCCUCAGUGAAGGCAUCUUCUCAGACACCCACCUGCUGGCUAUGAUGUACGUUGGAGAGCUAUGCUUCUGGGCCGUGAAGUAUGAGGACAUGGACCCAGAGGCCCCCCCCGAGCGCCGGGAGGAGCGCAUCCACUUUCGGGAUGUCGGUACACAGGUGCUGCAUAAGUACGUGCUGGUGUGCGAGGGUCCUCUGCAGGGCCAGGGCUGGAGCACUGACAAUGCCAAGGAGAUCCUCAGUGUGCUGCAGUGAGGGGGCGCCCUGCAGUGAGGGAGCGCCCUGCAGUGAGGGAGCGCCCUGCUCGCAGCUGCGCUGCCUGGCUGCUUACAUUAAUGCAUAACCUAACCCAACAAACGCAGCCUUCUGCCUCUGCAGCGAGACAGUUGUAUAAUGAGCUGGAGAACCUGCACAUACUGCAACCCCCCCCCCCCCCCCCCCCCCCAGGGACUGAGCUCGAGACCCCCAGUCAAACACCCCCAGGGACUGGGCAGAGCACGAGGGCCCGGGGGCUUCACUUAAACAAUAGCUCACUAAUAGUCCAGCUGGGAGUUCAGAAUGUUCCUCACCAGCUGCUUCUAUUUAUUUUAUGCUAUUUGUGUUUCAUUUUUUUUUUUUUACAAUUUAUUUAAAAAGAUAUUUCUAAAUUAUUUGCAUUUAUAUAUUGAAAGGGAGGGGAUGGAUAAAGUUUGGAGGAAACGUAUGUAAUGCCGGAGGUUUGAUUGUCCAGUUCCUGACGCUGUCCGCGCCCGGACAGGCAGUUCACAGAUUUCACUUUUGAUAGCGACAUUUACACAAAUGAUCUGUGUUAGUGGUAUUAUUUUUACUAUGUAUUUAAGUUUUUUUAUGUCAUCAUUGAAAAUAAAUGUUGAUUUUAAAAGGAAA